UAUAUCUUAUGUUGGUUUGCAAACAUCUUACAACAUCCAAGUGCUAAAAAUGAAACUGCUCUCAUUAUAAUUGGAAAACAAGGAACAGGUAAGAACACAUUCUUUACAGAUAUCUUAUGCAAACUGUUAGAGGGCUAUUCGAAUCCGAAUAUGACAAACUUAGAAAACAUCUGCGGUAAAUUUAACUCUUCAAUAGAGAAUAUGAAACUUAUAGUAUGUAACGAACUUCAAAGUAUAGAUACAACAAAAGUUUUGAACUCAGAUGCUUUGAAGAGUCUUAUAACAGACAAAGUUGGAGUUGUUGAAAGAAAAUAUAAAGACCAAAGAGUUUGUGAAAAUGUUGCAAAUUUCAUUAUGGUUUCAAACAAUGCUGUUCCGAUGAAGUUAGAAAGUUCUGACAGAAGAUAUGUAGUUGUCAGAACGUCAGAAGCUCAUAUGCAAGAUACAGAAUAUUUUGACGCUUUGUCAGAAACUUUGACAUCUGACUUUUACAACCACUUGUUCUCAUAUUUUAUGACAUUAGAUAUUUCAAAGUUCAAUCCAAGACAAAUUCCACAUACCGAAGAGAGACAAACAUUGUUAGAAGCAAACAAGAGUGUAUAUGAACUGUUCAUAGAUGAAACCGACUUUGAGUGUUUAGAUGAAAGGUCAUUGUACGAUUCGUAUAAACAAUAUUGUCAAGAGUAUGGUUAUAUGACAGCAUCUAAACGAACAUUCUUGGCAAAUGUCAAAAGUCUUUUAGACGUACAGAAUGGUGUAUAUACAAAGAAAAAUUUUUCUGAGUAA